AUAUCAGCGUUUCUCUCAACGGUAAAGGAGUUUUAAUUCCCAUCUCGGUCAUCAUCGAACGGGACACUGACCGACGGCGUUCUAACUAUGGCCAUCUUGUUUAUUUGACUAUAUUAUUGGACAAUAUGACCGCCUCUUUUAAAGGCGGUAGGACAAUAUAAGAAAGAUUUGGUUACUAUUUCUAGCGAAGAAAGCGUGGUUUGUUUAAUCUCAGAUUAACUUGGUGGUCAGAGCGGCCCAGUAGCCACCAUCCUCAUCUUUUUACUCUUUCAGAUGAUAUCUGCAGGAUUACAAUAUCCAGUGUGUCCUUCCCUUUUCGAGAUGAUUGCGUGUAGUCUGGUGGUAUUUGGUCGCUGUUUCUAGUAAUUCGAGGAGCCACAUAGAAGCCCGUUGUCUGUUUUAGUGACUUCAAUUUCAAAUGCUUUCUCUGGUCCUCACCGUGUGUGUAUGGAUGUGUAUUAUGUAUAUAUGAAGGCGCCUGGCGGUUAGGAUGCGAUCGCUAGAUCAUGGGUUCCAUCCCCGGACCAGGCAGUGAGUUAUGUUCUUAAGCAAGACACUUCAUUUCACGUUGCUCUGCAGGCUGGAGAGUGACAGAAUCUGUCAUUGAAAGACACGUUAAGUUUUUAGAACUUGGCUUCUUUUCGUUAGUGAUUAACUUUGGGAGUCCAGUAGAUUUAUUUGUUAAACUAACGUGUGAUGGGGGUGGGAGUGGGGUGAGCUAGUAAAGUAACACGGCCGUUACUCUCUCUAGCUUACAUUGUGUGAUUGAAUGGUACCGGAUUCUCUUUCUGAGGACCUAGGGAUUGUUUCAAACAGUGGCUGUAUUACUAAUUGCUCAGCAUGUUGUCGGACAGCUACCUUGACAUGUACCCUUACAGCUAUCCCUACAGCAGCAGCGUCUGUAACCAGGAGAACGUUGAAGACUGUAUUAUACACUUGAACAAGCUGCUACAGAAUAUGUGUCUACCAACGAUAAGCAAUAUGUCCAACAUCACCGUCCCUCUCGUGAACAUCACUUUUGAUUUACUUAAACGCAUUCAACAGGACACAAAGUUUCGAGAGGAACUGGAAUCAAAAACAUCUCGUAUAAUAACCGACUAUGAACGCUUACAAACCUCACAGAUGCGACUCAAAGACGAUAUUGAAAAGCUAGAACGGGAAAUUGCAAUUCGACAAGGAAAAGAAAAAGAACUUGCUACCAAAAACCGUUCUCUCUGUUCUUCCAUUAAAGCUGAGAAGGAUGAGGUGAAACGACUGAACUCUACAAUUAACCACAGGGAACUCCAGUACCGACAUGACUCUAAGAAGAAUGAACGGGAGAUGAAUCGGUUGAAGGAGAAGUUGAGUCAGGUUCUCAUGGAGAAAUCUCAUAAAAUACUUGGUCCUGAGAUUCUGAAUGCCUUACCAAAAACUGACGGCAAAAGGGCCACAUGGAAAACCAAUUCAAAUCAAGUUGAAGAAUUCUACAGCAUGAUGCUGAGAGAUUAUGAAAAGAAGUUGAAGAGCCUUCAUGCAGAGAACCACGACUUGGAGAACUUCAUAGAAAAGAUUGUACAGACUUUAGAGUCCCUGGUCGAGCAAUUUAAAUUUAAACUCAACUCUGUGAUGCAUGUUGUAAACGAAGUAGAUUCUGAAAGUGAUGCAGAAGAGAUGGACGUGGCUGAAGGCAAGAGUUCUUUCAACCCAAGUGAAAGUGGAUAUGAAACUUGUGUGUCAUUUACAAAGUGCCAAAAAUUACUCCAAAAGCUUAAUCGAUACUGUACGACCCUUCACAAUUAUCUGGAGAACAACAUUAAAGAUCCUGAGAAAGCAAGUGCUAAAACUUUAGAUGCUGAACAAGAAUCAGAACUGGAUUUACUCAAGACAAAACUUCAACAGUAUAAAGAAUUGGUUGCUUUCCAAGAGGAAACCUUGCAGAAGUUUGCCAAGAAAGCGCCAACUGAGAAUUCAAGCAACUCGUUUCUUCAUGAAACGCAAUUAAUUCAAGAAUACGAACAACUGGAAAUCAAAAAGAAGCUUUUCUUGGAGGCAAAAGGAAACUUUGAGAAAGAAAGGUUACAGCAUCUGAAUGAAGCCAUGCAAUUAGCUGAAGAGAAAAAGCUUUUUAACCUGGAGAAAUGUAACCAGAUGAAGCAGCAGUUCCUGGAAUUGACUCCCAAGAAAAACCCUGCAGAAUUACUCCCUGCCUUAACCGAUUUUCUUUCUGCUACAACCUCGAGUGAAGCCAUGUUGGACUCUUAUUCCACUCCAAAUACGGAAACCGUCUUCAAGAAUUCAACCUCUUGUCAUGAACACCGGAAAUGCAAAAAUUUGGCAUCGGGGGAUGCAGCUCAAAUGAGGAACCAUCAACGGAAUUCUUUACUGGAUUAUUCAGACUUCAUUUUAGACAAGUUGCCGUACAGCUUGGAUGAUUCUCGAUCUAAUUCAAGCAGUUCCAAUCCAGUGAAUGUUACCCCAAAAUGUCAGUCGUACACUUCCUUGGCUGCAUCGAACCAUUCUCCAUGCAGCUCUGCCUCGGCACCAUCAGGGCUCAACUCUGAAGAGUCCAGUAAAAUCUGUCACUCUUCAAGUCUUUUCCAAAGACUAGAUUCUAGUAAAAUCUUGGACUCUGGUAAGAUCCUCUCCUCCAAAGCUUUGCGCAAUCAUUUCUCUCAGCGGAGACGGUCGGAUCCAGUUUGCUCAAUGAACAACAUGGAAGUCCGCAAUCUUGCCGCUUCGUCCUUACACAGCUGUGGUGAACUCAGCCAUAAAACACACUUUGUCAGCCUCAACUCCUUGAAUCGGUCGCUUUGUUUGCAGGACCAGCAGGAACCUCAAUUCCAGUCACAGACUAACUUUUUACAGGAUUUCAUUGAUCCUUUUGACCUUUAAAGGUCAUCUGCUGUCAUCACCAUCAUCAUCACCAUCAUCAGUAUCAUCAUCCUCAUCAUCAAAUGUUCUGUUUGUUUGCGUUUAAAAAUACUUCUAUUUUUGUUCGUUCUCGUUUAAAAUUAUAUUGAAAUUUCUGCUGUGAUCAUUACAAUUUGUAAAUACUUAUUUAUCAAGAA